UGAUAGAAUAAGCCGGUUUCUCCACCUCCCCCGGAGACCGGAGCUAGCUCACGUCGGUCUUUCCUUCCGUGAUCCAUCCGCGCACCAACCCCUUCCGUGAUCCAUCCGCGCACCAACCCCCUCCCAGCACAUGCGGGUGCCUCAUCCUCUCCACACGAUCCCCGAUCACACCCGUCGUCCAGUUCCACCCCACCCCCACGCUAGUCGCUAGCAGAGUCCCGCGCCCGCAGCCAACUUCCGUGGAAACCAUCUGCGUCCAUCCGGGAAAGGAAUCCGAUGGGGUCGCUCACGGCGGCUGCGGAGGAGGAGACGGCGGCGGCGGCGGCCGCGGAGGAGUGGUCCGAUGAGGCGGUUGUCUACGUCAACGGCGUCCGCCGCGUGCUCCCCGACGGCCUCGCCCACCUCACCCUGCUGCAGUACCUCAGAGAUAUCGGCCUUCGAGGAACAAAACUUGGAUGUGGUGAAGGUGGUUGUGGAGCCUGUACUGUCAUGGUCUCAUGCUAUGACCGAACCAUGAAGAAAUCACUGCAUUUUGCAAUCAAUGCAUGCUUGGCUCCACUUUAUUCUGUUGAAGGAAUGCACAUAAUCACCGUUGAAGGAAUUGGUGAUCGCCAGCGAGGUUUGCACCCAGUUCAGGAAUGUUUAGCCAAUGCACAUGGUUCGCAAUGUGGAUUUUGCACCCCUGGUUUUGUGAUGUCUAUGUAUGCACUGCUGAGAUCAAACAAAGAGCCUCCUACUGAACAUCAGAUUGAAGACAGCCUUGCAGGAAAUUUGUGUCGCUGUACUGGCUAUCGACCAAUAAUAGAUGCCUUCCGUGUAUUUGCCAAAACAGAUAAUUUAGUAUACACCAAUUCAUCUUCAGUAAAUACAACUGGCCAAGCUAUCUGCCCUUCAACUGGGAAGCCAUGUUCCUGCAGAAAUGAUACUGAUGUCAAUGUUAAUGAGUCUUCAUUAUCAUCGUCUAUGAAAAGAUAUUCACCUUGUUCAUACAAUGAAAUUGAUGGAAAUGCAUACGAUGAGAGAGAACUCAUCUUCCCCCCAGAACUUCAGCUGAGAAAAGUGAUGCAACUUAAAUUGAAUGGGUUUAAUGGGAUCAGGUGGUAUAGACCUCUUAAACUAAAGCAAGUACUACAUUUGAAAUCUUGCUACCCGGAUGCAAAGCUUAUCAUUGGUAACACCGAAGUGGGAGUUGAAACAAAGUUAAAAAAUGCCCUGUAUAAGGUCAUGAUCUCAGUUACUCAUGUUCCAGAGCUUAAUAUUCUCAAAGUGAAAGAAGAUGGCAUACAAAUUGGUUCUGCUGUAAGACUUGCACAGCUUCAAAAUUUCUUUAAAAAAGUUAUUGCCGAAUGUGAAUUGCAUGAAACUUCUUCUUGCCAGGCAAUAGUACGGCAGCUAAAAUGGUUUGCAGGAACACAAAUCAGGAAUGUUGCUUCUGUUGGUGGUAACAUUUGUACAGCUAGUCCAAUAUCAGACCUAAAUCCACUUUGGAUGGCUACAGGCGCAAAAUUCCAGAUAAUUGAUGUGAACAGCAAUGUUAGAACUACCCUUGCAAAAGAUUUCUUUCUUGGCUACCGUAAAGUUGAUAUGAAACCUGAUGAAAUAUUGCUUUCUGUUAUACUACCAUGGACAAGGCCUUUUGAAUAUGUCAAAGAAUUUAAACAGGCACAUAGAAGGGAGGAUGACAUUGCUUUAGUGAAUGCUGGAAUGCGUGUGUAUUUAAGAGAAGCUGAAGGGAAUCAGAUAAUAUCUGAUGUUUCCAUUGUGUAUGGAGGGGUUGCUGCAGUUCCACUUAGUGCUUCAAAAGCAGAAAAAUUUCUUACUGGAAAGAAGUGGGACUCUGGAUUGUUGGAUGACACCUUCAAUUUGUUGAAAGAAGACAUCCCUCUAUCAGAGAAUGCACCUGGUGGAAUGGUUGAAUUUCGCAGAUCGCUUACUUUGAGUUUCUUUUUCAAAUUUUUCCUUUCUGUUACUCAUGAAAUGAACAUAAAAGGAUUGUUAGAGGAAGGAUUGCAUGCAGCUCAGCUAUCAGCUAUACAGUCUUACAGUAGGCCUGUUACUGUUGGAACUCAAGGCUAUGAACUGGUCAGGCAAGGAACUUCUGUGGGCCAGCCAAUGGUUCAUAUGUCAGCUAUGCUUCAGGUCACUGGUGAGGCUGAGUACACCGAUGACACACCGACACCCCCCAAUACUUUGCAUGCUGCUCUGGUGCUAAGUAAGAAGGCUCAUGCUCGCAUAUUAUCUAUUGAUGAUUCACUUGCCAAAUCAUCCCCUGGGUUUGCUGGUCUGUUCCUUUCAAAAGAUGUGCCUGGUGCUAACCAUACUGGACCAAUUAUCCAUGAUGAGGAGGUUUUUGCGUCAGAUGUUGUUACUUGUGUUGGUCAGAUCGUUGGAAUCAUUGUAGCUGAUACCCAUGAUAAUGCAAAAAAUGCUGCCAACAAAGUACAUAUCGAGUAUUCUGAGCUGCCAGCAAUUUUGUCAAUAGAGGAAGCUGUCAAGACUGGAAGUUUUCAUCCAAAUACCAAGAGAUGCCUUGUAAAAGGUGAUGUUGAACAAUGUUUUCUGUCCGGUGCAUGUGACAGAAUUAUAUCAGGAAAAGUUCAGGUUGGAGGUCAAGAGCAUUUCUAUAUGGAACCUCAAGGCACUCUUGUCUGGCCAGUUGAUUCUGGAAAUGAAAUUCAUAUGGUCUCAUCUACUCAAGCUCCCCAGAAGAAUCAAAAGUAUGUUGCUAAUGUUCUUGGUCUUCCACUAUCAAAAGUUGUUUGCAAGACUAAGCGUAUUGGUGGUGGAUUUGGUGGAAAAGAAACCAGAUCAGCAAUAUUUGCUGCGGCAGCAUCUGUACCCUCUUAUUGUUUAAGAAGGCCAGUAAAGCUUAUUUUGGACAGAGAUAUUGACAUGAUAACAACUGGACAGAGGCACAGUUUCCUUGGGAAAUAUAAGGUGGGAUUUACCAAUGAUGGGAAGAUACUGGCCGUAGACCUUGAAAUUUAUAACAAUGGUGGUAAUUCCCUUGAUCUGUCCCUUUCAGUUCUGGAGCGUGCUAUGUUUCAUUCAGACAAUGUCUAUGAUAUAUCAAACAUCAGAGUCAGUGGGCAAGUAUGCUUUACAAACUUCCCAAGUAACACUGCUUUCCGAGGUUUUGGUGGUCCACAAGGAAUGCUGAUAGCAGAGAAUUGGAUUCACCACAUGGCUACAGAACUCCAACGAAGUCCUGAGGAGAUAAAAGAACUUAAUUUUCACAAUGAUGGAAUUGUGCUGCAUUAUGGCCAGUUGCUCCAGAAUUGUACAAUAAGUUCAGUGUGGGAUGAACUAAAUGCAUCUUGUAAUUUUGUGGAAGCUCGCAAAGCCGUAAGUAGUUUUAAUACGAAUAAUCGUUGGAGGAAACGAGGAAUUGCUAUGGUUCCCACAAAAUUCGGCAUUUCCUUCACUACAAAAUUCAUGAAUCAGGCUGGCGCCCUUGUGCAAGUUUACACUGAUGGCACUGUCUUGGUUACACAUGGUGGGGUUGAGAUGGGACAGGGUUUGCACACAAAGGUAGCCCAAGUUGCUGCUUCAUCAUUCAAUAUCCCUCUUAGCUCUGUAUUUAUCUCGGAGACAAGUACUGAUAAGGUCCCAAAUGCAUCACCGACAGCAGCUUCUGCCAGUUCAGAUUUGUAUGGAGCUGCAGUUUUGGAUGCCUGUCAACAAAUCAAAGCUCGGAUGGAACCCAUUGCUAGCAGGGGAACCCACAACUCUUUUGUGGAGUUGGCUCAAGCAUGCUACAUGGAACGGGUGGAUCUCUCUGCUCAUGGGUUUUAUGCUACACCUGACAUUGGGUUUGACUGGAUAGCUGGCAAGGGAACUCCAUUCCAUUAUUUCACCUAUGGAGCCGCAUUUGCAGAAGUUGAGAUCGACACCCUAACUGGGGAUUUUCACACAAGGACAGCUGAUAUUGUUAUGGAUCUUGGUUUUUCAAUCAAUCCAGCAAUUGAUAUUGGCCAGGUAUGUACCCAACGGGUGAAAUGUUUUGAUAUUGGCCAGAUUGAAGGAGCUUUUAUCCAAGGUUUGGGUUGGGUAGCCAUGGAAGAGCUGAAAUGGGGGGAUGAUAACCACAAGUGGAUCCGACCUGGACACCUUUUCACCUGUGGUCCUGGCUCUUACAAAAUACCCUCUCUAAACGAUAUACCUCUGAACUUCAAGGUUUCACUAUUGAAGGGUGUUCCAAAUCCAAAGGUCCUUCAUUCUUCCAAAGCUGUAGGGGAGCCACCAUUUUUCCUUGGCUCCGCUGUCUUGUUCGCGAUAAAAGAUGCAAUCUUUGCUGCAAGGGCUGAGGAGGGCUACUACGACUGGUUCCCGCUCCACAAUCCGGCGACACCUGAAAGAAUAAGAAUGGCCUGUGUUGAUUGUAUUACAAAGAAAUUUGCUAAUGUAUACUACCGGCCCAAACUCAGUGUAUAAUGGCUGCUGGCAACGAGCCGACUUGGUGGGAGGUGUCAGGUUGAGUAUGUGAUAAUAAAGGUAUAAUAGACUUAAAAAUAUUAGAAACACUCCUUUCCUUCUA